CUUUAGCUGACAGCUUCAAAAAGCUGUGUUGAUGCUUUGCUCGUUUUUUCUAUAUUAAUUUAUUAGUUGUUUAAAAAACAGGGAAUAACGUACAACGUUUGUAUUACAUUUGGAUUACGUUAAAUAGCUUACAGUCUCAGUCGUAGCCUUUCAAAACCUUUCAUUAUAGGCAUUGGGAUUCAUAAAUCCGUCUUUUGGGCAAUUAUGUUAAAUUGAGGUCACGUGGUGAAAUGUUUUUAAUACGACGUACAAUGUAUUUAACGUAAUCACAUGUCAUAAAACGUUGUUUUCGUUUUCGGCUAUUUCUCUCUCACUUCCUUUCUGGUGGUGGCGGUAACGUACCAAAAGUUGGACAAGCCGAAGCGAACAUGAGGACGACGCUUUGUUUUUACGCGUUAGGUUUUUAUCAUUUUCUUUCUAUUGGAAGUGCUUGUGGUCCCACUGAGUAUAUAUCUGCUGAUGGAGAAUGUUGUCCAAUGUGCGGUCGAGGAUCAGUAGUUUUUAAGGAUUGCAGAGAUGAUUUAAGCACCACGUGCAAACCCUGCCCUCCAGGAACAUUCAUGAGUGAACCCAGUGGGCUUCAUAAGUGCUUCACGUGCAAACACUGUGCUGAACGUCAAGGCCUUUACAUUCAGCAUAAAUGCACUACAAUACAAGACACUACCUGUGAUGUGCUUGAUGGAUAUUACUGCAUUGAUCACUCAUAUUCACAGUGCAGCCACGCUGAAAAACACAGAGUUUGCAGACCAGGACAAGAAACAAAAACGCUAGGAACAAAGACAUCAGACACAGAAUGUGUGGACUGCGCUCCUGGCUUCUAUUCUCCAUCAGGGCUGAUCUGCACCAAAUGGACAAACUGUGCUGACAGAAAUGAGGUUCAGACAGAAGGUGGCAGUCCUGUGAAAGAUGUCACAUGUGAACAGAAGCCGAAGGAAAGUCUUGGAGAUUUAAUUACAACGUCCUUCACAGAAAUCUACAAAAGUUUUCUCUCAGUAGUUCAAAAGCCCAAUAAUGCAAAAGAAAAAAAGUGAGCCUCAACACAGAGCACUUAAUAAACUUCCAGCCAGGACUGAAACCAGUUGUUAAAGCUGUCAUAUUACCACCACCAUUGUACAGAAAUUGCCGAUAAGUGUCUAUUGCACACUCCUGACAAAAGAUGUCAGUAUGCAUGUAUUAUUAGACAAGAGCAUAUAUCUAUUAGAUAAUUAGCAUAAACUGUAUACAAUAACUAUUAAAAUGCAAGCCUCUUACUGUAUUGCAUUAAAAUAAUUAAACGCUCACAAUGCAUCUUCUUGUUUGGAGCAACAUUAUAAACACUUGGAAAUAAAGCUUCAUGUCUUUAAGACCGUAACAUUAUUUCUAUGAAUAGGUUAUAGUGCAUUUUAUUUCAUGACACUUUUAUACCUUUGCAACUGACGAUCACCCUAAAUAAAACCACUUUCUACUGUG